AUGGUUGCCCUAAAACGGUUUUUCCAAGCGGAGAAAAGCCAGUCCGUACAUUCUAAGGAUGGAGCUACUCGGACAAGCAAUACACCAGAAAGCGAUCUGUCUUCAAACCCGAGCCCCUCGCAGUUUCUAGAACCAGAUCAUCCAUUUCAGCGAAUUGAGAAGCAAUUCGAAGUCUUGCAUGAUCAACUGCAGGCACGGCCGUUGUCCCCAUGUUCACCCGCUCCUCCAUCUCGCGCCUCGACCCGUACCACGACUCGAGAUCCUCGGCACGUUGACUUGCUGGAAGCUUUAUUCUCUUCGCACCGAUACCAUAUCCAGAGUGCGCAGACAUUGUCACCCAUUAGUCCAUACAAUGAAGAUAUCGCAGAACGAAAUAUGACUCGGUUCCUUCAAGGGCAAUCGGGGAAAUCGGGCAAACCGACUAUGUACUCGCGCAUACUCUCUGCUCUAUAUCAAGAAGAUGUGGCGGACAGAAACAUUGCUAGAAACAGGAGGGGCGGCCGUCCCUCUUCUCGCAAUACUUCCAGUCGCUCUCGUGGAAACUCCUUUCAACGGAAUUCUCAGAGUCACCAAGAUGAAGCUCGUUGUCGCCCUCGGUCAAAGGCUGGAAGCAGUUUAGCUCGGUCAAUGUCUCAGGAAGCCCCGAGGUCUACGACUCCCCCUCGCGCUGACCAGUCAACCACUCCGCGACAAAAUGUGUCCCCCGCCACCGAAGGCCCUCUCCGACAGCAAAGAUCGGUGCCAAAUAUUUCCGCCGAGCCAACUAAUAGUCCCCAGGGGGAAGCUGAUUCAAAAUCUGGUGGAUUCCUCCGUGUUCCUCCCCCUUACAAACAAGGCGACACAUGGAGCAGCACUCCUUUACCAGACAGUCCAACGUUGCCCCUCAUGGUGACCGGAGAUACUAAGACCGUCGAAAGCCACUCAACGCCAGAUUUACCACCUAUCAGAUCAAGCCGUAGCCGCAGUUCUUCGGCGACGUCGAAUAGCCACAAUCAGUCCAACGCAACCAAAUCGAAGCACAGAAAGAAUGUCCGGGAUCUGUCCAUCGAUACAGAAUUGGCAGCUCGCGGAAAGCCGUCUGCGAAGAUUACGCACCGUGCCAUACAGCCACCUACCCCAAGUAGCUUCGGAAUGAAGCAGAACCCUAGCAUUGCAGAGGUUAUGAACAGCCUGCUACCAGCUGGGUCACCAAUCUCGCCAUCACCAGGGCUCCAGUCGGACCAGAAGAUUGCGGAAAUAAUGGAUAUGUUCAGACAGGCAUAUACGUCAUCUCCAGUCAUCUCGCCCCAUCCCACUUAUGAAACUCUCCAGGAUGCGAUCAUUCGUGAGAUCAAUUCGCACGAGGCAUUCCAGCGUGUGCCUCUUCCUGAACCCGGGCCUCCGUUUACUCCUUCUUUCUCCCAGGAAGCAUUCUAUCCAGAAAUCGACAUACCUAAGACCGAGGGUCCAAGCUCGAACCGGACCAUGUCUCUGAGAGAUGGUCAGAUCUCUAAAUUGAUCAGGCGGGGCUCCUUCAAGAAGCACAGGAGAGGGUCUGACGCCCGCAGGAGUAUAUCCACUACCAGUGUCCCUUCAAAAGUCUUCUGGAAGUCAUCGGAAACCACCAGUCGGCGAAGACACACUGAUGCACCCCCUCCUUCACCUGGCUUCUUCAGUACCCUGGAACAGAACCAAGCACCCAAGGAGCCAGUGACAUACAUGGACCUCAUCUCCAAGGCGAGGAAGUCCCCUGCAAAUAUCCCAACACCAGACAUGGCCAGGAACCUCGGUAACCCCCAACCACCUGCUACUGUAUCUCUCGAGAGCGUCAACCCAGCGCCUUCUGUUUUCCACAUGCGUGCGCAGGCAUCAGCAUCGACCAUCAACAGCUUCUCCGCGGAUGACAGUGACGAAGAGGUGAUCGAACUACCCAGUGUUGGAAUUCCCCAGUUACAAAUCCACGGUGUUGACGAGAACAAUGUGACCUAUGUCGCCGAAAAUACCUCUCCACGAAACGCAUUUAGACUCAUGAGCUGGCCACAAAGGUCAGGCAGAAGUGUCAGCCUCAGGGGGAACUGGUUCACAAAUGAGACCAGCAACAGCCCCUCUCGCUCAUCCUCCAGGGGCGGGCUCACAACCCGCUCGGUAGCAUCUUGCUGA